AUGGAUCCGCUGUUCAACGGCACCGAGUCUCCACUGGAGAACUGGAGCGCGGAGCCGAACGGAACCGAGCCGCACUACAACCAGUUCGCGCAGCCGGCGUGGCGCAUCGCGCUCUGGGCGCUCGCCUACAGCUCCAUCGUGCUGGUGUCGGUGGUGGGGAACGUCACGGUCAUCUGGAUCAUCGUGGCGCACAAGCGGAUGCGCACCGUCACCAACUACUUUCUGGUGAACCUGGCGUUCGCCGAGGCCUCCAUGUCCGCCUUCAACACGGUGGUGAACUUCGUCUACGCGGCCAACAACGACUGGUACUUUGGUUCAGCCUACUGCCGCUUCCACAACUUCUUCCCCAUCGCCGCGGUGUUCGCCAGCAUCUGCUCCAUGACCGCCAUCGCCGUGGACAGGUACAUGGCCAUCAUCCACCCGCUGAAGCAGCGCCUCUCCUCCACGCAGACCAAGGUGAUCAUAGGGGUGAUCUGGGUUCUCGCCCUCCUGCUGACCUUCCCGCAGUACUACUACUCCCAAGUGGACGAGCUGCCCGGCCGCAUCGUCUGCUACAUCGACUGGCCCGAGUACACGGUCAUGGACUUCAAAACCCUUUAUUACGUCUGCGUGGCGGUGCUGAUCUACUUCCUGCCCCUGUUGGUGAUGGGAUACGCCUACCUGGUGGUGGGGCUGAACCUGUGGGCCGGAGAGAUACCAGGAGAUUCCUCCAACCGCUACCAGGAGCAGCUCAGCGCUAAACGCAAGGUGGUGAAGAUGAUGAUCGUGGUGGUGUGCACCUUCGCCCUCUGCUGGUUGCCGUACCACGUGUACUUCCUGUUGUACCAGUUCUUCCCGGCGCUGUUCGAGCGAGCGUUUAUCCAGCAGGUUUAUCUGGCCGUCAUGUGGCUCGCCAUGAGCUCCACCAUGUACAACCCCAUCAUCUACUGCUGCCUCAACGACAGGUUCCGCGCCGGAUUCAGGCAGGUGUUCCGCUGCUGCCCCUGCGUCAGCGCCGAAUCCUACAAGGACCUGGAGCUCAAGUCCACGCGCUACAUGCACACGCAGACCAGCGUCUACAAGAGCAGCCGGGCGGAGCCCACCGUGACGGUGGUCCACAGCCCGUCGCUGGAGCUGGCGUCCAACGGCUCGUCGUCCCGCAGCAUGUCCAAGACGGUCUCGGAGACGUCCAGCUUCUACAAUAACCUGCCCGCCUAGCGUGGAACCAGUGGAACCAGUGGAACCAGUGGUCGCCUCCACAUGAACCAGUCAUACGUGUAUUUGUUUCUUUAUCAUUAUCAGUAUAAUCAGCAGCAGAACACUUGGUGCAGACCUAGACGUCUGUUAGAUGUUAAGGUAGAACUGAUGGAUCCGUCGCCCCGUUUAACCCGUAUUUAGGUUUUUUAUGGCUGUGGACUGCAGAGCAAAACCACCUUAAGCACAUCAUGGGCGUAGAUGACGGAGAAACAUCCAGAGGAACCGAUGAUCUCCCUGAGAACCGAUGACGCUACACGGCCAAAAGUAUUCAGACGCCCCGUUUUGAUAG